UAUAUUUGCCCUUAUCUUUUGAAGAGAGAGAGAGAGAGAGAGAGAGAGAGAGAGAGAGAUGGGAGAGAAGAGAGAGAAAGCAGAGAGCAUCCUGAGAGUUUCAUCAAUGGUGCUGGCAGCCAUGAGUGCGCUCAUCGUUGGUCUGGAUGAAGAGACCAAAACCGUCCUCUUCAUGAGAAAGAAAGCCACAUCUCGGAACCUUCGUGUUCUCUGGGAUUUCACGAUCAUUGCUUCACUGGCCGGUGGCUAUCAUCUUCUACAACUCUGCCGUUGUAUAGCCGUUGCUUGGCGAACAAAAAAUAAUCCUCGAACGACCAACAAACUUUUGGCAUGGAUUUGGUUUCUAUUGGACCAGGGAAUGACUUAUACAAUGUUUGCCAUGACAGUCGCGGCAACGGAAGCAUCAAUGGUGGGGUUGAGAGGAGUGAACCAACUUCAAUGGUCCAAAAUCUGCAACAUCUAUGGAAAAUUUUGUGGCCAAGUUGCCGGAGGUCUAUUAUGCGGCUUCGCAGCAUCGAUCGCCAUGGCCGUCGUAUCCUCCAUUUCCGCCCGCAAUCUAUUCAAGCUUUACUCGGUUUAUAAUAGGAGGGAGGUCUCUAGCCCUAAGAAGUGGAGAUGGAAUGUCUUCUAUUCUGGUUUUAGUUGAACUUACAACAAUGCUUUCGCCUUUAAUAAUAAUUAGAGUUGGUGGUUUGAUGUUCUAAGAUCAUCUCUCUUUGAUGUUAUCGAUGAAAUAUCGAAAAUAAAAGUGUGAUUUAAUCAGUCGUGCAAAUCGGUGUUGCUUGUUUAAUCAGCCAACGUUGGAAAACUGUACUCUUAAUUACUAUGUCACGAGUAAAUACCUAAAUCAACCCCGAACUCAAACUAUGAUUUGUUUGAAUUUGAUUUAAUGUU